UCGUUGCCCCGCCAGCCAGGCCGGGGUGCCCAGCCGGGACUCGCCCUGCCCUGCGGCACCGCUGCCGGAUGCCCGCGGCCCCUCGCCCAGCAGCGGCCGCACUGCAGGAGGAGGGGACGGGCGCCCUCGCCCCCGCUGGCUGCAGAGGCUGAGGCAAAAGAAAGAAAAAGGAGGAGGGGAAUAAAAAGUAAAGAGGGGGAGAGAGUGAGUGAAAGAAAACUAAGCCCAGCUUUUACCAGUGCUGCUUGGAUUGGAUCUGGUUUGAGUUUCCUCUCUGCUGGCUUGUGCGGCGCGAGAGGAGGAGUGGGGGGAAGCAACUCGCUCGCUCUUCCUCCGAAGCUUAAGCAAACGUGCUGGGUGACCGCGCUGCUGGGGAGCUGCCCUGGGUGCAGUUGCCUCGUAGUUCAUUGCUCUCAGUUACUAAAGAAUUUCCUGGACUUCUCAAGAACCUGGAGGAAAAAGCCAUCACUUCACAGACCCGAUAGUUGCUCAGUGCCUAUAGACUUGACACAAUUUUUUUCCUAGGGGAUUUUUUUUUCCCCCCUCUGUCUCUCAGAACAGCAGUUCCUUGAGUGUGUGGCAUUGAAACCCAUUGCUUUAUUAACAACUUUGGGAGAUUUUUUUAAAAUCUUUUUUUUUGCUCUUUUGUUUUCUUUGCUUUAAAAAAAAAAAGAAAAGAAAAAGAGAGAUAAUCCUUUUGGGGGGAGGGGAGAUGAUCGUGCUGAUGUGGAAUAAGUGCUCCUGCUGUCUCCUCUUACUAGCCGCGGUCCUGAUCGUGGAGAGCUCCCAGCUAGACAGCUCCAGCUCCAAGGUGAACUCCAUCAAGUCCACCCUGAUGGGGGAGGCUCCAACUCAGGCAACCAACAGAUCUGCAGGCAUCCACCAGGGACUAACGCUUGCUAGCAGUAAGAAGGGCAAAAUGCUAGAACAGAUGGGAAAACCUCCAAAGCACUAUCACCGGCAAGGAGAGGCCUAUCCUUGCACCAACGAUAAAGAAUGUGAAGUUGGGCGAUACUGUCACAGUCCUCAUCAAGCAACAUCUGCGUGCAUGAUAUGCAGGAGGAGGAAGAAGCGUUGCCACAGAGAUGGCAUGUGCUGCCCUGGGAAUCGCUGCAAUAACGGUAUUUGCAUACCAGUAACUGAAAGCAUCCUCACACCUCACAUCCCUGCUCUAGAAGGGCCACGCAACAAGAAGAAUGGUCAUUACGCUAGCAAGGAUUUGGGAUGGCAAAAUUUAGGGAGGCCGCAGUCCAAGCUGUCGCACAUAAAAGGACACGAAGGAGACCCCUGCCUACGGUCAUCGGAUUGUAUUGAGGGACACUGCUGUGCUCGCCAUUUCUGGACCAAAAUCUGCAAGCCUGUAUUGCAUCAGGGAGAGGUAUGCACCAAACAGCGCAAGAAAGGCUCCCAUGGACUGGAGAUCUUCCAACGAUGUGACUGUGCUAAAGGGCUGUCUUGCAAAGUAUGGAAGGAUGCAACCUCCUCUUCUAAAUCAAGACUUCACGUGUGUCAGAAAAUCUGAAUGAGGUUUGGGAAGAUGUUACUAAGUGACUGCGGUUUUAUGUAUUUCAGGUAUUACAGCAUGGUGGGAAAUGAGGACUGCAAAUGAAAACAGAAUGCUAAAGUAACAAUUAGGUAGGAGUAGAAGUCACACCAAAUGCAUUUCUUUUCAAGCCUGUGGUAAAUGCAAGUGCAGCUGAAGUUUUCUCAUUAUGCAGCUCUUCUGUAAAUAAUGUCAGCAGUUUGUGGGAAAUGCUAGUAUGCAAACAAGUACAGUGGAAAUUAGUGCCACUUACCUUGCAGUGUUGUCCCGUGAUGUUUCAGGGGUUCAGUGUUAGGGCUGCGGUGUGUUUCCAGCAUGGCAAUGACUGCUCAAUAAAUUAUAUACAUUGCUACAUUGUACUCCCAAAUGAAGCAGUGCUUGCCAGGAAGACUUGUCUGUCAACACAUUAUCGGUUACUAAAAUACUACACAUUGCAGGUGUGAGAGAUGGAAAUAAAGUUACUGUGAAUGUCCACACACCUUUGUUGUUCAGGGCUGAUACUUCAGCAAGAGAGCACUCCUGCAGGACAAGAGUGCUAAAUUUUGCAGGCCCUCAUGGAAGAGAUGAAAAGUUGCCAUCUCCUGAUUUCAAGAGAGCAGCCGUUUCUCUAAUCAGGAGCAUUUAAACAGGGUUUUGUUUCCUAUAUAUAGGUAAACUGAAAUGCUUUAUGUAGUUCAAUGUCAUAGUAUGGCACUUAAUCGCUUGUAUUUGUCUUGGUUUACUGCUAGCAUACAUUGGCUUGAACAGAUGAGGCAAAUAUGCGAAUGCUGAAUCCAGAAUUAUAUACAGGCAGUUGCUCAUUAGUCCUAAAUAUACUUUCUUUGUCAAAACAUACUUGCAUUAUAGAUAUUUCCAAAAGAGAGAGUGGAGUGUUGAUGAAAUACUUGAAGAGCUAUAAAGUUGUACCACUGUUGCUGUUGUAACAGGUGAUGUAGGCACCCAUUGGGGGGUUUAGACUGUACUGCUACAAACUCAGAAGUUUUACUUUCUAAUAGUAGCAAUUGGCUAGCGUUUGCUGAUACUGCCAAAUAUGAUUGCACUUCACAGAAGCAUAAAUGGAUUUGUCCCUUAGAGGCAGCAAAGAAAGAGGCGCUGGCUCUUGUGAGCACCUCCUCUCCUGCACAAAAGGAUGCAAGAAGACAGUACAACCACAAACGACUUGGCAUAAACAUCCUGUGAUGUCUCAGUGUACUAGCCUCCAGCAUGUAUGCAACCUGAACUUGGUCCCUUCUCAGACUGGGCUAUUCUGCCAGGAAUGAUGGAAUUACAUUGACUACGAAACAGUUAACGAAUCUACGUUGUUCAUGUACUGAUUUAAAAAAAAAAAAAAAAAAAGGACAGUCUCCAUCCUUUGACUUCUCACACAGGUCUUCUAAAAUUUUUUUCACUUUACUUAUUUGCAAAUACUCCUUUGUACAGACAUUGGUAAACAGAUUGCUAUUUCUUUAAAGAAGUCUGAUUCUAUGACUGACCUCCUGCUAACCUAUAAUUACUCAUUUAUAAUUACCCAUUUUCAUGUUUUGUAAUACAAGAGACUUUUCUGUUUAAUCAGCUCUGAGCGAGCUGGGUACAGCAGUAUGUAGUUUUUAAGGCCAGAUCACCCAUACCUAAGACACCUUUUCCCCCUGAUAUAUGUUUCCAUCAGUGGUUGUUUUAAAACUAUAGGUUUUAUAUACCACCUGACUUAGAUUUCCUAAGUAGAACACGGACCUGAGCUAUACUGGCUUUACCUUUCAUAGGAGUCUAAAUAAGAGAAAUUCACAAGCCUUCUUCCCUAUUGGAAUUGGUUUUUACUGUUUUAAAGGGACUGCUCAGAGCGGGUCCUCUAUUCUUUAAUGGUCUCAGUCAGACUUUAAUCUCAGAGUCCUAUCGGUGCAACUCUGGUUAUUUCACAGGAGCUUUUCCAGAGUAACUGAAGCAGGAAUAAGGCUCAGAAAUAGCAUAACUCAAGAUACUUCAAACAAACAAACAAAAAAACCCACAGGAGUCAAUUCUGCAAGUGUUAUUUACACUGAUACAGUACAUACUCAGCAGAGUAGCUUGAUUGUCUUCAUUGGGACUGUGCAUUCAAGUAAAUGAUACCCAGCGUGAGCAGGUGGGUGGAAGGGUUGCAGAAAUGGCCUCUCAGCAAUUUUUAGCUCUUCCUGUCCUCAGCCUACCUGCCUUCUCCUCUCACAAAGCUUAGUUAUUUGGGAUAAUUUAUUUACAGGAAAUGUUUAACAAGAUGUAUUUUCUUAUAGAGAUAUUUCUUACAAAAAGCUUUGUAGCAGAAUAUAUUUGCAGCCUGUUUACUUUAAUGUAGAAAAAUGUAUAAUAAGAUUAAAUAUAUUAAAUGUUGCUUCCUAUUCCUCCCUAAAUAUUUUACCCAUAUUUCUUACCUGCUGCUUAAGAGUAAGUUUUUCCUGGAAGGAUAUGCACAUCUAUGGAAAAAAACACACAUAUACUUUAGUUGUACAAGAUCAUACUUGUGUUUCAAAGAACUAUGUAAGCUGAGUUUUGGUAAAAACACAUGAAGCUCAUCUCAAAAAUCUCUAUGUGUCAUUUCUACAAAGCUGACUUAAGUGGCAACUAUCUCUUUGCAUCUCUUGGGAGAAUUUACAUCCAAGCUUUCAAGAAUAAGUUUUGAAAAUAACACAGCUGGAUGCAUAAUGUUCAGUCUAGUAACUUAAAUAAGAAAGAAAUUGGGACACAUUCCCUGGAUGCGCAACACUUGGCAAAGCUAGUAUUUAAAUUGCAUGGCAUUUUGUUACAACUGAACCUAUUACCACUAGAAAUUGCUAAUAAAAACAGCUGAGUUCUGAUCCCAAUAAAACCCAUGCAGAUCUCGAUGAAUAUUGCAAAAUAACAUUUGUGGUUAUUGAGCAACGGUCUCAGUGUGUUCGUUGCUUGCUUCUGGGAAGCCUCUGCCCAAACAGAUGCGCAGUUGGAGAAUGGAAGGGCCCCCCCUUAGCACAAGUGUUUGUACAAAAUGAAAAGGUUUUGCUACCAUUAUUUACAAUAUUUGGUGUGUAGUCCUUUUUGAAGAGUGUAACACUUUUAAAUGACACUAAUAAAUUUGUGAGCACUUCA